CCAUGAAAACUGAAGAGAUAACCAAGAACAGCCGACCUCAAGUUAACGUUUCACUUUCUUUUUUUCCCGCUACCUAUCCUGGCAGCAAGACAUAUUCUAAAACUGUUUUUAGAAAGUAAAACGCUAAGACUAUUGCGGUAGUUAACGGUCUCGAGCAUUCUUCUUCCCUGGUACCUUCCCUGAACGAGAGGCGCGCCGAAGUGUUCAUUAUGGAGUGGGCUACUCUAGCCUCCUAUUACGUCUCACAGAACUUUGUGGUCGCUCCCACAAACGAAUUCGUGUUUUCUGACUAACUUCCCAGCAGUUUUCAUACCAAACGUUACACAUCGUAGAAGUGGAAAAUACAGUCAAAUUUGAUUGAAGAGUUCAUAACUUUUUCAAUCUGAGUCCUGUCCUUGAACCAUAUCUUUCUGUGCGCUUGUUCUACUUUCCAACUGCGAGUGAAAUUUACGCAAGUCUCACAGUCACAUUCAGUGAGCCGUGCCUUAAGUGGAAAAGACAGAGGAGAUUUCCAACCCCCUUGGAGAAGAUAAGGUGCUGACUGUCAGACGUCUUGCAGUUGUUUGUGGCUGAGAAACACAGACCCAACAUGGACGAGGCAGAGAAGUACCAGCAGAGAGUGCAGGCUAUAGAGGACAAGUGAUGUAAGCAGCAGUACGACGAGAAAGCAAGGAGGGAGAUGGAGGAGGAGUGGCUGACGCAGGCCCAGCGCAAGCGGAAGUCCUUGAGGGACCAGUGGCUGAGCGAGAACCCUCAGCCUGUCCCUGGGUGCAGCGCUGAGAACUACAGAGGAGUGAAACACCCACGGCACACACACACAAUCUAUCACUCCCCAUGCCUGUUGGCUGAGGGAGAUGAUAUGCUCAGAUGUUUAUAUGUCACUUACAUAAAGCACUUGAUACUGACCCUGAACUGUAGUCAUGCCUCUGUAUGUAUGUAUUGUAUUUGUGAAUGGCUUUGUAUGUUAAUGUGUUGGUUUCAUGUAUCAUGGGGUGUUACGGUCAUCAUUGUGUGAGUGUGUGUUUAUUAGGUUGCCAACUGAAGAGGAUAUAGUGGAGGUCAUUGAAUCCACAAGCUACACAGUCACCAAUGCCCAGAGCAACAGACAGGCUGACAUUGAAGAGGGUGGGAUACAAGACAUCAUCAGAGCUGCUGGGGGUCAGCUCUCUGGGCCAGUAAUGGAGAGGGUUCUCCAUGAGAAUGGACUGGAAGGUCGAUCAGUGCUGGGGAUGGUUGCAGUGCAGGUGGAGAGGGAUUCAAAGACAGGGGUCACCAAGAUCAGGUCUGUGGUGCCUGUGUCUGGAGCACCCAGGGCCUUGGGGGAGACGGUGUUCAAUGACAGCAGGAAGACCGUCCACCACGUCGGCGGGGAAGAGGGACAGCCUUCUGCUGAGGAGCUGGGACAGCUCCUUAGUGUCAUCAACGAUGUCGGGAUGCAAGUGCUGCUGGAUGAGAUCCCAGUUGUACCACAACAGAAGGCAGAGGACAAGAUAGAGGUUGGUGGUGGGAUGGAAGAGGAGGUGGACAAUGUGGAGGACCCUGCCACACCUACAACCCUGGGCUACACUGAGGAAGAGGUUGAGGUUGUGGAGCAUGAGGAUGAUGAGAUGGACAAGGAGAUAGAAAUAGGAGUGGUGGAAAUUGUGGAGGGCCCUAUCCGACUGACCGACCUGGGCUACGCUGAGGAAAAGGUUGAGGAUCUGGGCUAUGAGGAUGAUGAGAUGGACAAGGAGACAGGAGUAGGUCAGGUAGACCUUGUGGAGGGCACUGUCACACUGACCUUCCUGGGCUACACUGAGGUAAAGUCAGAGAGCGAGGGUCUGGGCCAUGAGGAUGAUAGAGAGUUGGUGGAGGUGGAGUGGGUGAUCAUUUCUGACGCGGGUGAGGAAGAGAUUGUUCUUCAGUCUCCUGUUCUUGGGUCUGAGACUGAACCCUUCCUGAGCUACACUGAGCAAAAGGUUGAGGCUGUGGGGCAUGAGGAUGAUGAGGAGGACGUGAGCGGAUUGGUUGUCUUUGUGGAGGGCCCUGUCCCACCUGUCAUCCUGGGCUACACUCAGGAAGAUGUUGAGGAUCUGGGACAUGAGGAUGAUCCCCCCCAGACCAACCCCACGCUACAGAGCCGAGGAAACAGGAAAGAGGGCAUCCAAACACAAUACCAAGCGCUGCUCUAUCAUGUGAUUCUGCACAUGAUAGAGCAUCACCCCCCCCCCCAUUCCUCUAAGCUAUGCCCCUCAUGA